GUUCUUUCACCACUUCAUAGUAGAUAUAUUCCAGUUUAUUGUUUAUGCUCACAGAGAGCAAAGUCUAAAUUAUAUGUGGUGUAAGAUACAUUGAAAGCAUUCUCUGCACCAUUUUUAGCUUUUCAACUGUAGCUACGCAUUUAUUCUGUUGGCUUGCUUCUGUCUAUUUAUUUGGUGGUCCGGCUUGCACUGUCCUUUCCUUGCCUUGUGAUUGCCUUGUCUGAAUUUGCUAGUUCAAUUACAUCUUUCCAUCCAUACUGUGACUCUGGUGCUUUCUGUGAGACUUUUUUUCAUGAUUUUUUCAUGAUCAUACCCUGCUUUCAUACAUCUAUGGUAACUAGUGCUGAGAUGUGACCCAUUUCAUGUUCUAAUGUACACAUCUGUUGUGGUUUAACCCCAGCCAGCAGCCAAGCCUCAAACAGCCACUCACUUCCCCACCAGUGCGAUUAGGGAGAGACUCAGAAGGGUAAAAGACAGAAAAACUGUGGGUUGAAAUGAAGACAGUUUAAUAGGGAAAGCAAAAAUCACACACAUGAGCAAAGAAAUCCAAGGAAUUAAUUAAUUGCUUCCCAUGGGCAGGCAGGUGUUCAACCAUUUCCAGGAGAGCAGGUCCUCAUCUUAUGCAAUGAUUACUUGGAAAGACAAACACUAUCACUCCAAAUAUUCCCUUAUUCUUCCUUAUUUUCCCCUCUUUACGUACUGAGCACAAUGUCAUCUGAUCUGGAAUAUCCCUUCAGUUGGUUUAGUCACCUGUCCCAGCUGUGUGUCCUCCCAACCUCCCACUCAAAACCAGCACAGCAUCUAUGAUUGUAUUAAUUCAUGGACAGAGGUUUAUGUGAUUGGGAGGAAUGUGCUCCGAGCUCAGAAUGAGUUGUUAGGACCUGGUACAGUUAAUGCAGUAGCCCCAGACAGGACAGCCCUGACUGACUUUGGAGUGGUGGUGGGUGGUUGUGGUUUUUUUGGGUUUUUUUCCUUUUAAAUUUACCUCUGUAUUGCAUCCUAGAAGGUAGAACAGUGCAAGAGCAAUUUUACAUUUUCCCUUUAUCUUGGUGCCUUGAGCUUCUGCUUGAGAGGUAAGCCCAUCAUCCUGCCUUUUGUUCAGACACUAUGGUAGCUCAGUAACUCUACUUCCUUUCAUAGCUGCAGUUAGCUUGAAGGUGAAGCAGGCAGGAUACAGAUAAUAUUUAUGACAUCUGUGCUAAGGAGAGACUUUUUCCUAGAAGUACCAAGGAAGUAUUACAGUGUAGAGCUUUGGAAUACAUGUGAACAAAAUCAGUGGCUAGCAGCUUUCCUUCAGGAUAUUUCCAGGUGUCAGGUUUAGUCAGAGAUGCUAUAGCUCAUGAAUACAGGAACAAUAGCAUUUCCUCUUCUCAUCUUUACACUCAUUAUUCUCAAGAGUAAAGGCAAAGCAAGCCACUUGAUGUGCAUGUUUAUUCGCUUUAAAUUUAGGAUAAUAUGAAUAAGUUCUUAAUGCAUUUGAGACAAACUGAAGAACAGUCACUAAAAGGGAGCUAGAAAAUAGUAGUAGCAGAAACAUUUGCUUCUCCAGCCCACUCUAAGAUUGCUUCCCAUGUUAAAAUUGAAAAAAAAAAGGAGUCUGAUGUCUGCUGGGCAUCAAAGGGCACUGUUAAAAUGUACAGCUUGUGUGACUCCUCUGAGAGAGCACCUGGGACAUUGUGGCAUUGCAGCUGGAGUUAGAGCCUUGCUUGGCUGCCUUUAUCAGGGGUUAUUGUCUCACCCUGGAGAAAGGUAGAAAGGUCACCAAGUCAUUAAGGUGAAGUUUUUGUUUCAAAAAGUUGAUUUUGAAUUGCUGCUCCAGAUCAGGUUAGUUAGAUGUGUAAAUGUUUCUGGUUCAUUUCUGCUGCCAGCCAUUCACUUGGUCUUGCCUAGUUUGAUUAUUUUUAGUUUUUUUGAACAUAGGAGUAGCUGUAGUGGAGGGGAAUUUUGAACGCUGUCUCAUUACUUUUUUCUUUCUUUUUGAUUAAAUACUUUCCCUGAUGGGCUUUAUUUCUGUUGGCAGUUAUUAAAAUCCAUAUUCUCUCUUUCCCUUAUCUCACUGGCUACAUGCAUCAGUGGAGUUCCUCCUUUUCCUGCAUUGUCUAUGGUAACACACCCCAGUGCUGCUUCAUCUCUCCUUGAGAGCUGAUCUUUUGCACUUUCUUUCUCUGUUUAUCUAAUAUCCCCCGAAAGAAGUUAAGGGAACAGGUCCUUAAGAAGGCUUUUUUUUUUCUCUCUUUGAACACAUAGUUUCUAAUAUCCACUUUGUUUGUUUGUUUGCUUUCUGGUGGUUUUUUCAUUCCAAAUAUGCAUAACAUAACUAUUUCUUCUGUGCUAUGGAAUUGGGGUCCUUGGACAAGCAUUGGAUUUGGAAAGAAAUUCAGGCUAUCUACUCUUUUCUGACCUCUCACUCCUAGGGAAGCACACUCAGACUGUAUCAACUAGAUCUGUACUUUCCAGGCAAGGUGUGAAACAACUACAUAAUUUCAAGUGGAGCACAGCAGAAAUGGCAGGUCAAAGGCCUCUUUGAGGUCAGCUGAGAUCAGCUCAGUUGGUCAGAGCAUGGCACUAAUAAAGCCAAGGUUGCAUGUUUUAUCCCCUUAUGGGCCCUUCACUUUAGAGUUGGACUUGAUGGUGCUUGUGGGUCUCUUCCAACUCAGAAUAUUCUGUGAUUCUGUUUUAAGACCCUGCUGAGAAGGUAAAGGAGUUUAUGAAUUCUCCUGAAAUGGUGAAUAAGCAGAGUAUUUGGGAGUUACAAAAAAUAACAUUCAUCUGUCCCUUUAAAACAGAAAAAAGCCUUGGCAGUUAACUCCCCUACAUAUUGCCUCCAGGAACAAACAGGGAAAAAGCUAAAGAGCUGUCUGGACAGGGACACUCACAGUUGGAAAAAACUUGUGUGCCAUAUGUCCCCCUUCCAUCUGUGUAUGCUCUCUUCUGGGUCGUGACAUCUGGUUCUGCUUGAUAUCUGGCUCUGAUUCCUGUAUUUUUAAAGUAAAUGGGACUUAAUUCUCCUUGGAGACUGAAGAGAGUAGACCACAUGCUGACUUUUAAAAGAAAAGCCAAGUUUUUCAUAAAAAUAUGUCUCCUCAUCCUAGAUCUGAAUGGCUUGGUCGGUGUAUGCAUUUAAAUGAGCCAAAGAUGUGCCAGCACCGUCUGCUGUCACUUUUAAAAAGCUGCUAACUUUGGCAUGUUUGAUAUUUUUGGAGAGUUGGGCCAUAAAGUUAGUUGAGUGCCUAAAUUAGAUGAUGAAUUGGCUUAUUAUUAAGGAAAGGAUCAGGUCCAAGAGAGCAGAGAGCUGAUGAUGGGAAAAGAUUGGGUGUUCCAGGGUGAGGGUUGGUGAGCCACAGAAGCUGGCUGUGGGGAUCCUGAAACCCCUGGAGCCCUGAGCCACACCAGCCUUGUGCCGUGCACUGCCUCCCCCUAGUGAUGCCUGAGGCCCUUCCAAUAAAAGCCACGCUGUUUACAUGAGAUCGUAAUGAAGUUCUGCUGCUAAUAAUGCCAAGCCAUAGCCCAAAAAAAAAAAAAAAAAAAAAAAAAGGCAGACCAAGAGGGAGUAAAAAAAGAAGAAAAAGAAGGUACUUCGACAACUGCUGUAGCAGGGAAUUUAAUGGAAAAUGAGGGUUUUGGCCUUUGAGUCUGUGCAACUGUUAAUCCAGAGCCUCAGAGCUGAUUGGGAAAUGGGGAGUGGUAGAGCUCUGUAGAGCUGUGUUUCUUAAUCAGCCUCCAGCAUAUGUCAAUUAGAUCUAAUUGAGCAGCUCUUACCAUUUGUUAUUCCAAGAAGAAGACUGUGAUUGAAGACCACUUCAUCUGGCAUCUGCAUUCCAGAAGAUCUGCUGUGCAUAAUGGCUGGAGGAUCAUUACCAGCCAUGUGCUACCCAGGGAACUGAGAGUCCUGGAAUUUAAUUGAUGUAGUGAUAGAUGAGGAAUUUGUGCCUAAUUCAAUGAUCUAGUCCCCUGAGCUGGGAACAAAUGGAUCCAAUAGUUACAUGGUGAGAAAAUCUUGGAGUCUUGGAUGCUGAAUUGUUUAGUGGAAACCAGACAGCAAAUGGAUAGUAGAACCCUGGAGUCCUUGAGGAAGAGUUGCCUCAAGGCUGCCAUCAGAGAAGAGCAGUCAGUGCAUCAUGAAGAUCAUCUCAAAUGGACCGUCACAGCAUUCUGAGGAGCAGAAAGCACUGGCUGCCUGAAAUGACCAAUCCUCAGUUCCCAAUCCUUGCCUUGGAUAGUGUGCUCAGAUCUCAAGAGACUUUGCAAACUCUUUUUUUCGUAAUGCCUUUCCCUAGAUGAAGCUGACGUGUGAUUAGAGGAUAUUGAGCCCACCACUGAAUGAAGACGGUUACUCCAGAAUUUUUGCCAAAGUCUCUCACAUCAGGAAAUGAGGAAGGCCUUGAUUCUGAUGAAACCUCACAAACUUGAGCAGGGAGUAAUUUGUGAGCUAUUGAAGGUAGGAGUCUAAACUCUUUCACCAAAACAUUGUGAGAUUUCAUUGUUGCAAGUUGGUUGGCUUCUUUUUUAGCUCUCUUGCAAUUUUUUUUAUUUGUCAUAUGGGAAGUGCAACCCCCAGACCACUUCAAAGGAAAUGCUAUACCAAGAACUGAGGAGACCAUGGGUGCGACAUAGUGGGAGGUGUCUCAGAAUGAAGCUGUGUGUCUUGCUGCUACAGAUAUGAACUGCCCAAGCCAGAUAUAAAGGCUCACAGGAAUAUCUGGUAGAAGCUAAGCAGAGAAAUCUCUGCAAAAGACCCAUCCACAGAGCACAAGCCACUUCUCUGUCUUCUGAAUUUUCCAAAUGCUUGUCUACUGUCUGUAGACUGUGGCAGUCUGUGACUGCUGCUUACUCAUACAAGACCAUAGAACCCACUGCUCUGUGAUCUGCAGUGAAGAACUGCAUUCAAGGAUUUUUAAUGAAAUAUGGUGGGGUGUAUAGGUUUGAUCCUCCUAUCUACCUUCCUCUCGGUUUCCAUGACAUCUGAAACAUUUGAUCCUAUGGAAGGUGAGGCUUUAGUGAUAAAAUGUCCCAGAUGGAGUUCGUCUGUGAAAAUCACCUGGUAUCGCAUGGAUACUCACAAAAUAAUUCCUGUGGAAGAGGAGGGAUCACGAGUAUUUUCCAAAGAACGAUUUCUUUGGUUUCUGCCAACUUCUAGAGAAGAUUCUGGAAACUACACUUGUGUAAUACAUUUUUCAAAUAAUCACACGAAGUCGUACAACAUGAGUGUGCAAGUGCAUUCAUACAAGCCAGGAGAAUGUUUCUCAAGUCGGAUUCGUUACCCAAAUGACACUGGAAGAGGAAAAAUUGUUUGUCCUACCAUUGAUAACUAUAAGAAUGCUACUAUUGUCCAGUGGUAUAAGGACUGCAAACCUCUUCAGGGACAGAAAUACUUCAAGAAAGAAAAAUAUAUUUAUAUUAAGAAUCCAGGAAGGGAAGAUGAUGGUUAUUAUACUUGUCAAUUUAUUUAUACCCAUAAAGGAAAUGUGUUUAAUGUAUCAGCAACAAGAAUUUUCAUAAGUGAGGUGAAAUAUUUACCUCUACCACCUCAAAUCAUCUUUCCAAAAAAUAAAGAUGUAGUAGAAGCAGAGCUUGGUGCUGCUUUGUCUCUGAAAUGUCGGGCCCGCCUGGGGAUUAAGAAACAGCCAGUGGCUGCUGUCAGAUGGAAUGUGGAUAACACCCCAGUGAAAAGACUUGUUUUAUCAAGAUUUCGUGAAGAAACUCAUUUUUUUGAUGGAAAUGAGCAAGUAUACUACGAAGAGACCACUUUGAAUAUUACUGAAGUAAAAAAGGAGGAUCUGCAGUCAAAUUUCACAUGUAUAGCAUUGAACACAAUGUACAACACAAGAGUCACGGUGACAUUACAACUCAAAGUGCAAUCUGAGGAGGUUCUUCCUAACAUCCUCCUGAUCACAGGAUCUCUAGUACUGCUAGGUGCAAUAGCAAUCUCAGUUAUCCUUUACCAUUCUUUCCGAGUUGACAUUGUCCUGUUCUGUCGGGAGAUAUUCCAGCCCUACUCAGUCAAGGAUGAUGGGAAGAUAUAUGAUGCGUAUGUUAUCUACCCCAAAAAUCACACCAGUGAAGCUAAUUUUGUGGAAUAUUUUGUUUACCAAAUCAUGCCAGAUAUUCUAGAAAAUAAAUGUGGAUAUAAAUUGUGUAUUUAUGGGAGAGAUAUAUAUCCCGGGGAAGAUACAGCUGGUGCAAUUGAGAAGAGGAUGCAGAAGAGUAGAAGGUUGAUCAUCCUGCUAACACACCAGCUGAUUAAUUCUAAAGAAGAUGCUUAUGAUCAACACAUUGCGUUGUACAAUGCCCUCAUUCAAAAUGACACAAAGGUGAUCCUUCUGGAAAUGGAGACAAUUGGGGAUAAUGGGAAGCUUCAGGAAUCUCUUAGGUUUAUUAUUAAGCAGCAAGGUACCGUCAAAUGGAAAGAGGAGCACACGGUGCACCCACAGUCACCCAACUCUAAGUUCUGGAAACAGGUGAGGUACCAUAUGCCACUCUCAUGCUGGCCCUCACACUCAGCUAACACCAGUGAAUAGUCUCGGAAAGCACUAUCAGGAUGGACUACAAGGCCACAGCUGUUUUUCCUUUCAGAAGGUACAUGACUGCAGUCAGGAAGUCUGGCUGUGUUUUUUGAACUUUUUUCUGUCCUUCAGUUGAGUAACAAUUGGCUAAUUGAUCGAAGAGGUCUAGGAACUUGAGGGAACAUUUUAUAGGUAUGAGAGUUUUGCAAAGAAAUAAUUCUAGAUUGUGUGGAGAAUUUUGCACGUCAGAAAACCAAAUGUACCUAUAGUCUUUCUAUACAUACUUGUACAUAUAAUAAAAAGUUAUGAUUGUGAAUAACUGAAUGCUUUGCACGUUUACUUCAUCUUUCUAAUGCAGCUGCUAAAAUACAAAUGCCUACUGUAUUGCUUGAUUACAAAGUAUAAUGUGUAUUUUGCAACUAAAAAGAAUAAUGUUAUGGUUUUGGUUUUUUUUUCCUGACAUGUAUUCCUUUUUGAUUCAAUAGUUAUACUCAAAAGACAUUUUAUUUUUCCUUAGUUAUGGAAGCCUCACUAAAGGGUCUUUUGAGACUGAUGUGAAUACAGCAGUAAAAAAAUAAAGCCAUGUUAGGGAAAUAAAUGCACUGACAUAUCCAUAUACCUAUAUGUUUAUAUCUAUAUCUAUAAAUAUAAUAUGCAAUGUUACAGGAAAUAAAUGCACUGAUAUAUACAUAUACAUAUAUAUAUCACAUGCAUUGUUAAGGGAAAUAAAUGCACUGAUACAUAUAAAGGUAUUUUAUGUGCACUUUAAAAUAUUUUACAUUCUAUUAAAUGAAUCUCACACAGAGGGGAAAUUUUAAAUCUUUCAGGUACAAUAAUCAUGCUGUUACUGUAAUUAUUAUCUCCAGAUAGAAAUACCAUAUUAAAAUCUAGGAUUUUGUUGAUACACUGACAGCAUUCCUUUAAGCUGCUGAAAAAAUAGACUGCUUUUUUAUAACAGGAAUUAUCCACCCUUUUCCAUGCUUUGGCCUCAUAUACUUUCUGAUAGGAAAUAAUCUUAGAUGCAAAAGUCAGAGACAAAUCUCCUUCUAGUUCAGGUGAGCAGGAACAAGAUGUAUUCUAGUACAGGUAUCCCUGCAAACUUUAAUAUUUUUAGAGUUUCAAAUCCAGGAAAUUCUUACUAUCAGAGAAGGCUUAGUUUUCAGCUUUAGACUUGCUACAGAAUGGGCUUAAAAAGUGAAAAUUAGAUGCAGAACCCUUAUUGUUACCAAGUCCAGGAUGACAAACAGGCAAGUUCAUUCCUUUUACUGUAAGUUUUUAUUGAAUAUGGUUCUUCAGACUUAUAGAUAGCUAUUUGGAGUAGAAAAAAAAUGUGCAUAAGUGUUCAUUCACUCAUUGCUCACUUCACCACAACUAUCAAGUAUCAAAUGUUGCAUUUUAUUAUUACCUCAUUAGAUUGUGUGCAGUGCUACAGUACCAUUUCUUCCCACAGAGGGCAUGCUAAGGCAUCUAAGGCAUAUGUAAAAGCAGGAAAGCCUGUUGCUAUAAAUGAUGAAUAUUUUUUACAUAAGCCACUGAGCAAGACAGAAUAUUCACUUCCAAGAUUUUGACAUGAUAAGUUUCUAGUACAGUUUGAGUCCUGGGCUUGUAAUGAAUAAGAAAGGAUCAUAAGUGAGUAUCUCAGAAAUGAAAAAUCUAGGAUGACUUUUCAAGCUGGAAAGAGAUGAGGAGAAGGUACAAUGAGGAAGAGCACAGGAUGGGCAAUGAUGCAAAUUACUCUGAAAUAUACUGAUGUGUCACUGACUUCUUAGCCAGGUGUGUAGUUAUGGUGGUGAAAAACAAACCUACUGCAUGGCUCUUGUGAUGAUGUUAUUUUUUUUCAAGUUUCAUGGUCAGCCCAGGAAAAAAAAAAAAAAAAAAAAAAAAAAAAGGAAAAUAAA